AUGAGAAGUCCGAAUGCCACAUGUGGAGCAGCUUGGUUUGUGUUUUCCCCACUCAGAAAUCUUGGGAAUUUAGACUUUAAAAUAAUGUCAUCCAUUAAGCUGAUAAGCCUGCUCCUACUGGUUGCUGUACAUGGUGUCGAUUCUGCAAAUAUUGUGAAGAAUACCAACGGAAAGUUUAAUUCCUACCGUAAAAGCAAGUACAAAGCAUUCUUUGAUAUCAUCGACGUUGAUGAAGAUGGUGUUGUUACUGAAGAGGAAUAUGUGGGUUUAACAACAGAACGAGCUCAAAAAGUUCUGCCCUCUUGGAGAGCUAUGGCAGUGAAUGGUAUAUUUUCCAAUGCCUUUCGGGUUUUGUGGUCAAACGGGUACUCCAACAAUAAAACAUUCUUUACUUUUAAAGAAAUGAUUCGGGUUCACGAGAUAGACAUGCCUAUUUCAACAGAGGAGGUCGCUGGAAUCUCUUGGGAUGUGUUUGACACGUUUGACAUUGACUGCGAUGGCAAGUUGACAGUAGAUGAGUAUUCCAAAUUCCUGUUUGUUUAUCGUAACACAGCCGAAAUUCAACCAAUUUUUGAUGCAAUUGAUCAGAACGCAAAUGGCGUCCUUGAUGCAGAAGAAUUUAAUAACAAGGGAAAGUUUACUUCCUACCGGAUUACCAAGUUCAAGGUAUUAUUUGAUAUCAUCGACGUUGAUGAAGAUGGCGUUGUUACUGAAAAGGAAUUCGUUGGUUUAACAACAAAACGAGCUCAAAAAGUUCUGCCGUCUUGGAGAGCCAUGGCUUGGAAUGGUAUGUUUUCCAACGCCUUUCGGGUCUGGUGGUCAAACGAAUACUCUAACAAUAAAACAUCUUUCACUUUUAAAGAAAUGAUUCGGGUUCACGAAAUAGACAUUCCUAUUACAACGGAGGAGGUCGCCAAAAUCUCAUGGGAUAUAUUUGGCACGUUUGACAUUGACUGCGAUGGCAAGUUGACAGUAGAUGAGUAUUCCAAAUUCCUGUUUGUUCACCGCAACACAGCCGAAAUUCAACCAAUUUUUGAUGCAAUUGAUCAGAACGCAAAUGGCGUCCUUGAUGCAGAAGAAUUUGUAAGUGCAUUCGACCUGUAUUGGUAUCGACAAGAGUUCAGCACCACUGAUGUUAUUAUGGGCAAACGAAACCUUGACCAUUUAGAGUUUGAAAUAAUGUUAUCCAUUGAGCUGAUAAGUCUCCUCCUACUGGUUGCUGUUCAAGCCGUCGAUUCUUCAAAUAUUGUGAAGAAUUCCAAGGGGAAAAUUACUUCCUACCAGAUAACCAAGUUCAAAGCGGCCUUUGAUAUCUUUGACGUUGAUGAAGAUGGCGUUGUUACUGAAGAGGAAUUCGUUGGUUUAACAACAGAACGAGCUCAAAAAGUUCUGCCCUCUUGGAGAUCUUUGGCGGUGAAUGGUAUAUUUUUCAUUGGCUUUCGGGUCUGGUGGUCAAACAAAUACUCCAACUAUAAAACAUCCUUCACUUUUAAAGAAAUGAUUCAGGUUCACGAGACAGACAUGCCUAUUACAACGAAGGAAGGCAUCGAAAUCUCAUCUGAUUUGUUUGAAACGUUUGACAUUGACUGCGAUGGCAACUUGACAGUAUAUGAGUAUUCCAAGUUCCUUUCUGUUUAUCGCAACACUGCUGAGAUUCAACCAAUUUUUGAUGCAAUUGAUCAGAACGCAAAUGGCUUUCUUGAUUACGAUGAAUUUGUAAGUGCAUACGACCUCUAUUGGUAUCGUGGAGAGUUCAGCACCACAGAUGUAAUUAUCGGCAAGCGGUACUGA